CUUGGAUACGAAAAUCCACUUAACGAAUUCGUUUGGACACUCGAUAAAAACACCAUUGUUGAACCAGUUGAAGAGGUCAAACCUCCAGAGGAUCCAUUACCACCACCAACACGACUAACUUUUACCACAUUUAACACUUAUGAGUAUCAAUCCAAAGAAUUUGAAUUUGAUGUACUUGCCAUUGUCAUUAAUGGUAGUCCUUCAACAAAGACUGCAACUGGAAAACGAAUUCAAGAGUUUAUUGUCAUGGACAAGCUGAAAAAACCAACAAAACUGACACUUUGGGAGGAUUUCAUUGAUCAUGAGGGAGUUAAACUUUUCAACCAACUUCAUGAUUACCCGAUCAUUCUUGCUAGGAGAAUUGGGAAAUCAUCUUCAGGAAUGUCGAAUAGAUUCGUUGGUUUGACGAGCAAAUUCAAUGCAACAAUUGAAAUCAAUCCUCCAUAUCCACAGGCUGCCGAAUUAAGGACGUGGAUCAAAACAAUUGAAACAAAGCUUGUUGCUUAUAAGAUGAAAAGUACAACUCCAAUAGGCUCUAUUAUGUUGAUUCCAUUUGAGGAUGAGGUUAUAUCUGUGGCUAACAUCCAAGCACAACCUCCGGGACAAGUAUUUAAUGUUGAGGCUGAAUUGUCCCUUGCAAGUAAGGAUCAACGCUUUAGUGUGUUGGCAUGCUCAAAUUGUAAGCAAUUGUUCACGAGAUAUAACGUCCGAAGGGAAAUCUACUGCACAAGUUGUCACCAAUCCACACAUCUUAUUCCUAGAUGUCAAUUUGAAGUUACUAUUAAGGACAACAGCGGUUUUGCAACAGCUAUUGUUUCGGAUGAAAUUGCAGAGAAAAUGUUGCACCUCACUUCAGAAGAGAUUUAUGAAAUUUGCUUCAUCAAGAAAGAAACAUUAUCGCUCCAAAAUGUGGAAGAUCAAUUGAACGGCAAGAUAUUCAACAUUCAAAUGAAAAGGCCAUUCACAAAAAAAAUGGAUGCAACACAAAAAUUAUUCAUUUUGUCUUACCUGGAGAAACAAGAUGUAAUUCAUAAACCAAUGACAUCUACGACUGUCAAUGUUACAGAUCCGAAAAAGCGCACAAUUGAACAUCUUAGUUCAGGGGAAAAAGAAUAUCCUAGCAUGGAAAUGAAAAAUUCUCCCAUGAAAAAGAAUUAA